AUGACUUCUCAUGACGAUAUAAUACUUCCAUCGAUAUCCUCAAUAUCAAAACUCACUAUAUCGGAUGUAUCAAAGACAGGAUUUGGUUACAAUCCAUCAAUUGGACCAGCUUCAAAUGCAAUUACUCAAGAUACUGCUGGUAUACUACUCAAUAAACGAACAGUAUCACUUACAUCAACACCUUCCAUCUAUGAUAGGAAUAUAACCAGUAAGAAGCCACAUGAUAUUAACUUAUCUUCACUUUCAUUUUUAUUUUGUGAAGUUGUUAAUUGGUCUCAUAGAAAUUCCAAAGGAAUUCAUGAUUUAGAAACAAGAUUAAAUGGAUUAGGAUAUCAAGUUGGUCAACGAUAUCUUGAAUUAAUUAAAUUAAGAGAGGGGUUUAAGACAAUUAGAAGAGAAAUUAAGAUUAUUGAUAUGUUACAAUUCAUUCAUGGACCAUUUUGGAGGACUAUAUUUGGAAGACUGGCAAAUGAAUUAGAGAAAUCUCAAGAUAUUGCUAAUGAAUAUAUGAUAACUGAUAAUGUCCCCAUGUUGGCAAGAUUUAUUAAUAUACCGAAAGAUUAUGGUAAUUUAAAUUGUUCAGCAUUUGUAGCUGGAAUGAUUGAAGGUGCUUUGGAUAGUGCUGGAUUUUAUGCUGAUGUUACUGCUCAUUCUGUACCUAUUGAUGGAUAUCCUUUAAGAACAGUGUUUUUGAUUAAAUUUGAUGAACUGUUAUUAAUAAGAGAAAGUUUACGAUUUUAG